CAUUCAACAAGACUUGAUCUUUAAUGAUUUUGUUUCUUUUAUCGUUACAAUUUUUUUAAUUAAAAAUCUUACAUUCAGCAAGACUUGAUCUUUAAUGAUCUCGUUUCUUUCAUCGUUACAAUUUUUUUUUUAGUUUGAAUCUUAGCCAAGGAGUUUACAUUUGUAUUUGAUUGUUCAAAAGUUUAAUUGAAACACAGUUAUCUACCUACAUAGAAAUUCUUUCUCUCUUGAGUUUUCUGGCUAGUUCUUGUAUGAGCUCACUCACUUUGUAGGCGACAAAUUGGUUUGUUUUAUAAUUAAUUUUUUUGUUACUUGAAGACGCUUAGAUGCUCUUCUAUAACUCGUACUUUUCCAGUUCCAGUCUCUUAUAUAGUAUUAGUUUCCCAUUGCUGCACAAGUAUCCACAUUCUCUGAGAGUUGUGGAAUAUAAGGUUUCUGAUUGUCUGCUCUUCUGCACUGUGGAAUAUAAGGCUUCUGGUUGUCUGCUCUUCUGCACUGUGGAAUAUCAGGCAUCUGGUUGUCUGCUCUUCUGCACUAUCUUGUUGUCAGUCAAGGUAUCCAGUUGUAGACAAUGAAGCUCUGGGAAUGGGAAUGAAGAAAUAUCUUUUAUGGUUGGUACCAGGGGGGCAAUUGAAUAUGUUUAACAGGCCUCCAGAGCAGAAUCCUUGAAGGCUCUAGACCACAAGACAUAUCAUUCCAAGAUUGGAGCUUUGCAGGGAGAUUUAAUAUAUGUUGGUUGUGCACAUGAUGUGGCCUCGUCUGGUUGCUAACAAAUUGCUUGGCAAAUCGGGGUGCGAGACUUAUAAUACUGAUGGCAGGGACACAGAGAGCGAGACAGAAGAUGAAGAUAAUGUUGCACCAUUGCCCUCCAAAACUCCACAGAGACCAAGUCUUUUAUCGUCGACUAACUCAUGCUCGAUACCUCAGUCGCCGCAAAAUUCAGGCAAGCCGCCAAAAUCGCCAUCGCCUUCUCCUUCACCUUCUUCAUCGCCGUGCAGCACGCCCACCCCUUCAAACAAGCUGAUGCGUAUGAAGUCGGAAACUUUAUGGACCGACUAUGUAAAAACAGAGGAAUACAGAGUAUUUGUGGGGACAUGGAAUGUGGCAGGAAUAACUCCGCCAGAUGAUUUGGAUUUGGAGGACUGGCUGAAUCCGACUAUGCCAUCAGAUAUAUACGUGAUUGGGUUUCAGGAAAUCGUGCCAUUGAAGGCAGGAAAUGUUUUUGGUUCAGAAGGGCAAGCUGGGCCUGCGAAGAAAUGGGAUGCUUUGAUACGCGGAACAUUGAACAAGACAUCUAAACCUCAAACCCCCAGAUCUACCAUAGCCAGAAGCUCCAGUGCUCCUUCUUCAACAUUCCUAGAUGCGCUCAAUUCUCAUUUUUUUAAAUCCCCCAUUUCCAAGGACGAUAUUGCCCUGUCAUCAAACAGUAUAAGCAGAAGCGGAUCUGAUUCUAUUGAAGAAGAGCUGGAAAGGUUUUACGAGGGCGAGGCUGAUGAUGAAUUCCCCUCCCGCGGCCACCACAGGAACAGACCAAGGCAGAGAUUCAAACGUAUUGCAAGCAAGCAAAUGGUUGGCCUUUUUAUCUCUAUUUGGGUCAGAAGGGAGCUCGUCCGCCAUAUUAGUGACCCCAAAGUUGACUGUGUUGGUUGCGGUCUUAUGGGCUGCCUUGGAAAUAAGGGUUCGAUCUCGGUGAGUUUUUCUCUUCACGAAACGAGUUUCUGCUUUGUCUGUGCGCAUCUGGCGUCUGGUCAAAAGGAAGGAGACGAGCUCCACAGAAACUCUCAUGUUGUGGAAAUCUUGAAACGCACAAUUUUCGGCCGACCUUCUGCUGCCAAACCAAUUCUAGCACAUAAUCGAAUCAUUUGGUUCGGAGACUUGAACUACAGAAUUGCCCUGAAUGAUUCUGAGAUAAGAUCAUUGGUUGAGAAGGAGGAGUGGAAGACCCUACUGCAAAGCGAUCAGCUUAAAAUGGAACUAUCCACUGGGCAUGUGUUCGAAGGAUGGCAUGAAGGACCCAUUCAAUUUUCACCCACUUACAAAUAUAUUCCCAACUCUGAUCAGUACCAUGGAACAGAGCACAAGGCAGGGGAAAAACGCCGUUCACCUGCAUGGUGUGACCGGAUUCUGUGGUUUGGAAAGGGAUUGAAACAAGUCUCUUAUGAAAAACAAGAUUUCAGACUUUCUGACCAUAGACCAGUUAAAGCAAUCUAUUUGGCAGAAGUUGAAGUCCUCAGCAACCAUAAGAUGAAGAAAACCCUGGGGUUAUCUACCAAAGUGCCAGAAAUGUCAAAUAUACUCACUGUGAACCGCCAUAUGUUUCAUGGCCUGAAUAAGAUCAACUCUGAUGCUAUAGCCAGUGUAGAACAAAACCUUCUACCAAUUCUGAAUUAGGUUCAAUCAAAUCAUAAUUUGGAGUUUGGUUCUAUGCUGAAUCAAGAAAUAGAUAUAUGGGAAAAAGAAAAUGACCUCAAAGUAUGGUAACCAAUCAAAUUAUUUCAGCAGUACUAGAGUCUUCUCUUAUUUUUUCCCCUAAUAUGCCAAGUUUGUGAUGUUCAGUAACUCUUCUGGUGUUAAAGCUGCAGACCAGAAUGAAAAUAUACUUGAAGCAAAACGUUAUUAAAAAAGAUGGGCCAAUCUUGGGUCAGGCUGCAGUGAAUAGAUAACUACUCUUGCAUCAAUUACAAGGCCACUGAAGCUGUCUGUGACUGUGACAGCGAGAUCUUCUACCAUACAAGGACAUAAAACCCAUUCACAGUUGUUAAAAUCUGUAAAUAUAAGGAAAUAUUUGUCAUUAUUGAGGAAUGAAAGGCUCAUUGGAAUACAAACUUUAGCAUUUUGUGUACCAGCACAUCAUGGGUCCUUAUACUAAAACCUGCUUCUAAAGACUACAACAGCAGAACAUGUUCAAAGUGGGUCAGAAUUUUUGGUUGUGACGCAAUAUAUAUAUAUAUAUAUAUGACUACUUCCCUCCUUUCUCUAUUCAGUUGGACAUUAUUGGCUCUUGCAAACUUUGCUUUUGCCUUGAAAGGUAAUGAAAAUGUAACUUGAAAGCAUUGCAAAGUAGCUGUGCUAUAAAAGGAUACAAUUGGAUUGCAUGUCAUUUUCUGAACUUUUUACAUUUUCCACCAUGCAUCUGGCAUUCCAAAUCAUAUGAGCUUGGGGAGCAUGUAUUCCAACAAAUAUCUAUUCAUGGAUAAGGAAGUUUUUUUAUAA